AUGCAUGUCUUUGCUGAUUUGCAGUCGUACAUUUGCACACACGAAUCCUGCAAGGACGCACUCAAAACAUUUCCGACUCGUAAAUUAUGGGCAGAUCACGAAUUCAACGAGCACUUCACUCUAAUCCAGUGGCGCUGCUUCACUUGCACUGUCGUAUUUAGUACCCCGGAUCAUUUUGCUCAACAUUUAGUUCAAGCGCAUGGUAUCCAACUGACUGGUAACCACUUGGCAGCCGCCAUUUCAGAAGCGCGCGAGACUAUCUUAACGGCCGAUUUCAAGGACUACAAAUGCUCGUUGUGCUCGCAAAAUGGUUGGCAGAGCAGGAAUUCCUACGCUACUCAUGCUGGACGACAUCUGGAAGAGAUCUCCCUGGCAUGUCUCCCGAGAGCUGGACGAGACAGCAGUGAAGAUGACACCACAGACAGAUCCAGCACGCCCGACAAUAUCAAUGGGCCUCCUUCAUCCAACGGAGAAGAUAUAGACUUUGAUGGCAUUCCUUGGGCUUCAUACGGACUAACGAGCCGAUCUACACCAAUCCCUGAGCCUAUUCCGUUAGAUUGGGGUAGAAACGUCAUCAUUGGAGACCUCAAUAUUACUAGCCUCGAGAAAAUUUCCACUCAAGAUAGGAAGAGUACACUCUUUUCAAGCUCGUCGCUUUCAAAUCAACACUCGGCGGGUUCUCAAUUGAUAGAGCCCAGCAGCUACUGGUCGGUGGCUGAGAGACAAGAUUUCAAGACGCUCCUGGCCCAUUUUGGUAAAGAUUUUGAAGGCAUAUCAGCAUUUAUGGAGACAAAAACUCCUGUCAUGGUUCGCAACUAUUACCAUCGACGGCUUGAUGCCGGAGAAAUUGAGCUUGAGAAUGUUGCAAGGGAUGCAGAAAUCAGUAAAGCCCGCGGGGAGUCCCCACACCUGCUUACAAUAUCUAAUGCGGCGUCAAUGCCAGAUUAUCAGAUGGAACAGUUCCGUCUUAGGCAACAAAAACGCGACCAACGGGAGGACAAACGCCUGAGCCUUCAACAACAAGCUCAGAUGCCUAAUGCAGAUCCCUUUCACCAAUCAGAGACAAAAAGUGAAACGCAACAGCCAGGUCUCGAUUAUGAACAGGAAAUCAGGCCAAUUGACCGAUACUUGCGGGAUGAUCACAAAUACCUUUGGCCCAGAAUCCUCUCGUCCAUGACCGUUUCAGAUUCCUUCCCAGAUACACGCGAUGAUUCAGGCAUCUACUCAGCAGAGCGUGAUCUCGAAGGUCUCAUUGGCCCGCCUUCGCCCACCCUUUUACCUCCUCGUCAUUUGCCCGAGUUAGAAACUUUCCAGCCCUUAGCAUCCGAGUAUCAGAACUUCAAAUCCAUUGCAGAAUCCCGGUCCCAUCUAGUUGGGCGCAGCAAGUCGGAGGAAUACGUGCCCCCUGCGUCAGAUGAAAAUGUCCCAAGCAGGCGGCGAAAAGAAGUCACCUCUCAAACGCCAUACCAAAAAGCGGGUGCGACAAACGAGCCCAAUGCAAACCGGUCAUCACAAAUGCCGCAUAUGACAUCCGAAUCCGAGAUCAAGCCAGCCAGGGAAAAAAAAUCUCGUUAUCAAUAUCGUUGUUCGGAAUGCAGAUUUCAGACUACGAAUAAGGCUACCUUCAAGCGCCAUAUCGAAGUCAUGCACUACCCCCGAUAUGACUAUUCUUGCCAAUUUGAUGAUUGCUUAUCCCACUUCCAUCGCAGUGACAAGCUUAAGAGUCACUAUCUUUCGGUCCAUCGGACGCACCUGAGCCAAGAGAAUAUUGAAGAUUGA